UAUGAGACCCCCCCCCCAGUGUCCUGGGCAGUAGAGUGGGAGAUCUCAUGGGGGUAAAGAAAGGGAAGCACAUUGGCUAGAAGAUUUGCAUAAGCUGAAGCAGCUCUGGGUGACCAUGCCAGGCCACCCCGCCCUGCACUGGGCCAUUGCAGCUCCAGAUUCGGGGCCUGGAUGAGAGGGAAAGGAGGGUUAGCCCACCAGGGUCAGCUGGAGGGAAGCCAAACGAGCCUGGACCUGAGGCUGGGACCAGCCUUCCUGCUUCUAGAGUGGAUGCCAACCCCCUGCCCACCAGUCUGCCUGUUCACGUCAGGGACAUGCAGACUCCUUCUUCCAGACUGGAAAGCCCCCUCCUGGGAUAGCAGGAAGAAAGGAAGUGACCUGCAGCUCUUCCUAGUCCAUCCAAGACCUUGGGCUGAGCCUACAGCUCGAGCUCUGUGGUGCAACCCCACCUGGAGGCUGCGAGCCUGGGGGGCUCUGGCUGGAGGUGCAGCACUCAUGGCCCUCUGGCUCCUCCGGCUGCUGGAAUCAGGUCCUGGGAGCGCCCCAGCGCCUCAGCCCACCGUCACCAUCCUUAUCUGGCACUGGCCUUUCACCAACCAGCCCCCAGAGCUGCCUGGUGACACCUGCACUCACUAUGGCAUGGCUAGCUGCCGCCUGAGUUCUAACCGGAGCCUGCUAGCCAGUGCAGAUGCUGUGGUUUUCCAUCACCGGGAGCUGCAGACCCUGCAGUCUCGCUUGCCCUUGGACCAGAGGCCGCACGGACAGCCUUGGGUCUGGGCCUCCUUGGAAUCGCCCAGCAAUAGCCGUGGUCUCCGUCAUUUCCGAGGCAUCUUCAACUGGGUGCUGAGCUAUCGGCGUGAUUCAGAUAUCUUUGUACCUUAUGGUCGAUUGGAGCCCUACUCUGGGCCUACACCUCCACUACCAGCCAAAAGCAAGAUGGCUGCCUGGGUGGUCAGCAAUUUCCAGGAACGGCAGCAGCGUGCAAGGCUGUACCGGCAGCUGGCCCCUCACCUGCAGGUGGAUGUGUUUGGUCGUGCCAGCGGACGGCCCCUGUGCGCUAACUGCCUGCUGCCCACUGUGGCCCGGUACCGCUUCUACCUGUCCUUCGAGAAUUCACAGCAUCGGGACUACAUCACUGAGAAGUUUUGGCGCAAUGCGCUGGCAGCUGGUGCUGUGCCUGUGGUGCUGGGACCUCCGCGGGCCACCUACGAGGCUUUUGUGCCUCCAGAUGCCUUUGUGCACGUGGAUGACUUCAGCUCAGCCCGCGAGCUGGCUGUCUUCCUUGUCAGCAUGAAUGAGAGCCGCUACCAGCGCUUCUUCGCUUGGAGAGACCGGCUCCGUGUGCGGCUCCUGGGUGACUGGAGGGAACGUUUCUGCACCAUCUGUGCCCGCUACCCUUACUUGCCCCGCGGCCAGGUCUAUGAAGACCUCGAAAGCUGGUUCCGGGCUUGAACUGCGGCUGGGAGAGGCUGUGUGGGUGGAAGACACCGAAGCACUAGGCGUUCAGCCUCUUGGGUCACUUUGGGACUAACCUGAGGCUCCGGUGGAUGGACAGGAAGCCAGGCUAUGAGUAGAGCAGAGUGGGCAGGAUAAGCCAUCUGGAUGAGGAAGCUGAUGGACCUUAGGGAUCCCGGGAAAAAGGCAACAGAUUGGAGGGAAUUACAUAGCACAUCGUCCAAGCUAAUCAAACAGGAAAGGUGGCUGAAGGUCCCUGACUUAUCUUGAACACGCCCAUGGCUCAGAUGAAGCAGGGAAGCCGUGUUUCUAGAGCUGGACACAAAACCUUAGGCCCCUGAACCUCCACAACCAAGGUGCAGGAGCAUAUCCUGGGAUUCUAAGUGCAGACCACAUGCUGGGUCCAGGGGUGUGUGAAGGACAGACAGACAGUGUGGCUGAUUCUGGGCUUCUGACCCCACAGUUCUCUCGGAGAAAGAGAUGCCACUAAUAAAGACACUAACACAAA